AUGUCUGUUGCUGUUGCCAACUGUCUUAAGCUGUUUGUCAAACUGUCAAACUUUAAAGGCAACAGCGACAUUGAGCGCUAUCAAAUGGCAAAUAAGAAAAUCCCGUUCAAAUAUACCCGGCCAGUAGAAGAUUGGCUUCAGGAGAAAGGCCGCCAGCUGACGAUCUUCAACACCCAGGCCACCAUCUCUAUUGGCGGGAACGACCGAAAGCGUCCCUACCAGGGCCAGCUCUCGGGCCUGUACUACAACGGCCUGAAGGUGCUCAACAUGGCCGCCGAGGGCCACCCCAACAUCAAGAUGAACGGCAGCGUGCGGCUGGUGGGCGACGUGCCCACCAGCAGGGGGGCGGGGCGCACCACCACCUCCGUCCCGCCAGAGAUGUCCACCACCUUCAUCGAGACCACCACCACCCUGUCCACCACCACCACCCGCAAGCAGCGCUCGCCACCCACCAUUCAGUUUGAAAACUAA